AUGUAUUCCAAGACCGCCCUUGUCGCCGCUCUCGCUGGCUCGGCCACUGCCGUCUUUGAUGUCAGACCAGAGCGCAUCCGCCGUGAGGUACUCCCCCGUCAAACCGACAUCGCUGCCGACCCGUGCCUCAACGUCCUCAACACAGUCUACGCCAACGCGCCCACUCCCCCUCCUAAGAUUGUCUCCUACGAGAUGACCGCCCCUCAUCAGACCGACCCUUGUAGUAUCACUGUGCCUGCUGAGCUCAGCGCCGAAUACGCCAGCUACACCUCGGAGGUCCUCAGCUGGGUCGACGCCAACUCGGCUUCCAUUCAGUCUGCCUUGUCCGUGUGCUCUACAAUCACCGGCAUUUCUGCCUCCAUCCCUGUCUGCUCGGCCACAGCAGGUAGUGCCCGAAGCGGUGCUACCGCCUCUGGUUCUUCAUCUCCCAAGGCCACUGAGGGUGGUGACUCACCUGGGUCCGGAACUGGUACUGCCGCAGGUAGCAAUGCCACCGGGACCCAAAACAGCCCUUCGCAAGUCACCCCGAAUGCCGGGCCGCGUGAGACGGGUAUGAUGGCUGCUGCGAUUGUUGCCGCUGGGUUCAUUGGCGUCGCUGCUUUCUUGUGA